AUGAAAGAGGCCAAGGCGAGCUUGGCAUUUCUUUGCUCGCUGCUGGAAUCGCUGGGCGUCGCGGGCGUCACUCCCGAUCUCCUCAGGCAAGCCAAAUCCAACGCGCCGUGCGCCGCGAUCAAGCUCUGGCGCCCCCUCCACGACCUCGUCUGCCUCCAUCUCUGCUGCUUCCCCUGCCAGGAAGAUCACCGCGAGCUCGAGGGUUUCCAGGAGAUUUGGAGGAGCUCGGGCGUCUUCCCUGGCGAUCACGGCGACGGCAUUGUGGGAUUCGUCAAGUUCUAUGUCGCGCUCUGGGGGUAUCCUCCCAGCUCCCGGUUCUUCGGCCUCCCGAUCGACACCCGCGAGAGCAGGGAGCUCCUCCUUGCUCUGGGAUGGCUGCUCUCCCACUGCGACGUCUUCUUGCGUGGGAUCGAGGCGCGAUCCAGGGAAAUUUCGAGCGCCAUUGCGUCCUCCUCGAUCGCCGCCCCGUUCCCGCCAUUGCCCCGCGAUGUCGCGACGCUCGCCGGCUCCAGGGCUCGCGAGGUGGAGCUCGGCGUCGAGGAGCUCGUGUCCAAAGUCCUCCACUCCGCGGCACAGAGGGAUCGAGAAGCCCGAGAAGGAUUUCUCGCGGAUCAUCUGCUGCUGCUCCACGGGAGGAUCGGUGUGAUCCUCAAGUCAAUCCACUCGCUCCAGGCGUGGAGAUUUCGGCGGAUACACGAGCUCAACCAGCUCCAGCUCGAGGCCAUCCGCCAGAAGAUCCAGCACAGGCUCUACACCCAGUUUGAGCUCCAUCUCUUGCAAGAUCCGGAAGCCGCUCGCGAUCACCAGCGCGUGCUCGAGGCCCAGAGGCAGCUCCGGUCCGAGCUCGCCAGCUUCCAAAAGCACGAGGAGAAUUUCUGGAACUGGAUGGCCGACGAGAACGACGAUGAGAUCGCCACUCCGGCUCGAUCGUUAAAACAAGAGCCCAGUAGCUGCUGUGGUGUCUCACAGGAAGAGCUCAUUCCAGUGAUCCAGUUCCUCAAGGACCCCAAGGAUCAGUGCGGUGUAUCGCCGGUUCCAAGCGAGAUCCUUGCUGUGCUAGCUCCAGCGCUCACGACGACGAAUCACGCGUCUUGUUCGUCCAAGAAGCGUGGCGAUGAUCGAGCAGCGUUUGGGCGGUUGAGAGACGCUGGGUUUAAGUAUCAGCCGAGUUCCAAGCUCACGACUAUCGAUCAAAGCAUCCAGCGGCUUGAGGAAGCAAUAGACAAGUUGACGAUCGGUCACAAGGAAUUGCGAGGUCAACACAGGUUGGACAAAACUCUCUUUGUUUCUCUCGCUAAAACUUUUGCUAACUUGAGUAGGAUCGCGAUCGAGAGAGAACUAAAAAGCUUCCUGGAAGACGAAAGCUUUGUGGUCGUUGGUUUAUGAUCUCAAGAAGAACCCCCACC